AUGAAAGCAGCGUGUCAUGGAAUACCGAGCUUGCCCGACCUGAUGAGAAUGAUGAUGAUGAUGAUGAUAUCUAUCUAUCUAUCUAUCUAUCUAUCUAUCUAUCUAUUUAUCUAUCUAUCUAUCUAUCUAUCUAUCUAUCUGUGUACCUAUUUUCUCUAUCAGCCGACACGUGACUGGUUAUUUGUCGUGCUGAAGGAUUAUUUCUUUUCUGUUACUCGACCUAGUUGGAGCAGGUCGCAAGAGGAGGAUUCCUUUUGCAACCCUUACCAGGCUGUCGCUGCUCUCUUCUGGGUUUUCCCUACUUUACUGUGUCGAAAAAUUGAAGGGGAAAUGAUAGGACUAACAGGUAAACGAAUACCAUCAUUGUCUGCCAUAUUGGAACUUACAAGUGAGGCAGUCAAACGAUUACGGGUUAAGGGAAGCGCGUCUGCUGCUUCUACAUUCACCACUGGCCAGGGUUCUUCUCAAAAAACCGCACGGAGGGCCACUGUUACUUCUUCCUUUCAUGUGGAUUCCAACAACCUGACUUCUGCUGGUUAUUCCCGUAGCUUGCCCCCAUCCUAUUGGUCACUUUUUCAAUGGAGAAAAAUGGUGUCAGUUAAUUGCCUUUUGGACACUGGUAGUGGGCGUUCGUACUUGUCUGCUGAUGUACUGAGGGACUUGGGUUCAGUUGAGACUGUUGGAGUCAGUUGUCGGCUUAGACUUUUCACCCUCCUUGGUGAGUGUGACCGGAAUUUCACGGAGGUGGUUCUGGGAGUUGACCUUGGUUCUGGUGAGGCUUUGGCUUCCUCUGUUUUGGUCACUGAUGCAAUGGACUUGUCUGUCACGACUGGCUCACUUGGAGACCCUGGCAUUAUUGGAUUGGACCUUAUUCAUCGAUUGAUUACAUUGAAGUUGGUCCCCUGUCUGAGGGGUUGGGCAUUUUCUGUUCCGUCAGGCCUGGUUCCCUUUGAGCUGUGGACUCCUUUUUUGUCAGGAGACAAGAUCCCUUGUGAAUUGGCCCACCUCUCCUUUAAUACUGUAAUGGGGAUACCCCGAAGUGAAUUCCUCACAUUUGUUCUUCGUUCUUGA